AUGUACAUCAACUUCGUCGCCAGCAUCGGCGUCUACCUCGCUGUUUUCGUGUUCUCCGUGUCAGACAACUCAACCAUCACCAGGUCUAUCCUGAUCGUGGCCCAGCGUACCUUCGCUGCCCUGGUGCAGAGUCUGUCCGGCGUCGUCCUCAUCGUCAAGAGCAUCUUCACCAACGAGACCAGCCCGGAGCUCAUCCGGUACAUGGUGGACCACCUGUAUGACAUCAUCACCUUCGUCUUCGACCUCAUCCGGCCCUCUGGUGUCAUCACCACCGGCAAUCCCGACGAGGCUCCGGUCAACGACUACUGGGAGCUCGACUUCAAGCUGAAGGCGAACCGGCAGGCCAUCGGCGCGCAGAUCCAGCGUGUGCUGCUCACAAUCCGCGACAUCAUCGCGUUCGGCACGGUGCCCAACCUCCCCACAAGUCUCGACCAGCUGCCCAUGAACAUCGAGCUGCCCAGCGACAAAGAUGCGCAGGGCAAGCCCCCUUCCCCGACCUACAUCGCCACGCCCAAGGGCGGCGCCGCAUCGGCGGCCUGGGACGAGAAGUGGAUCUACAUCAACGGCAUCGGCAACGAGCGCGUGUGGUUCGAGAGCGCGUGCCACAAGAUCAGCGAGGCUUUCCAGCGGCAGGUCACGGGCGUGUACAACCGCAGCGACGGCAUCCUGUGGGACAUGAUCCAGUGCUUCGGCGAGCACUCGGCCGUCAGCGAGGCCGACAACAGCCUGAUUCAGCGCACCGCGUCGAGCAUCGCCGCCGAGCAGCGCCUCGAGUACGAGAUCCGCGGCGCACUCUGGCCCACGAGCCCGGGCGUCCCGCCGCCCAAGAAGCUCGUCCUCAUCUGUCACUCCCAGGGGUGCCUGCUCACACGGCUCGCGCUGCAGGCGCUGGUGACGGAGAACCCGGAGGGAUCCCAGCGGCGCAAUGAGAUGCGCGAGAAGCUCCGCGUGUUCCCGUUCGCGAACCCGAGCAUGGACUGGCGCGUCAAGGACAACGACAAGACCACCCAGUUCCUGGGAAACUACGCCCACAUCACCGAGCACUACGCCCACGAGGUCGACUUCGUCGCCAUGCUCGGCGUCAUCUCGCAUAUGAAGAACCCAAGGGACCCCAAGGCGGGCUUCAUGCAGGGCGGGUCGAGCGUCUUCACCAGCGUCAAGGGUCCCGCGAACCCUGCCGUCGGGCACCUCUUUGGCGCCCACUACGCGCUGGACCCGGAGUGGUACCAGAACGCGGACGAAAAUGGGGAGCCGUCGAGGCUGUUUGAGGCCCUGGGCGGUGUUCCCAUUGCUUAG